GACAGACAGAAACAGUGGGGGAGAGAGGCUGAGGGAGGGAGGAGACCACCAUCAUCAUCCUCACUGAACGUGCAGAAGAAGAGGCUGAAUUGAACUGGAGCUGGCUAAUUCCUGAACAUCCACUGAAUGACUGCAAAAGAAGAAACCGCUGAAGGUUUCUGGAAUAGAGAACAGUACGGGAAGGAGAGAGGACGUUUGAUUUCACCAGUACACCUGACUAAUAACUGGAUUGUGGGAUAAGUCUUUCUGGAUCAGACUAAUUCCUGUACAGAGGCAGUCCUGUGAUUUUUUUUAAACUGAAAAACAACCAGCAGGUUUUUCUGUUCCCCCCAUCCACCUGUGAUGCCUCAGGGUGUGGGGCCUGGCUAAUACCUGGAACCAGCUCAGUGACAGUGCUGCCGGCUGUGUUGACCACAGUCCUCCUGGGACCUGGCUAGUCUCUGCAUCAGAGAGUCUGCCAUGUUCUGUUUCUGCCUGCAGAGCUCUCUGCUGAAGCUCCAGGCUCUGGACGUGGAUGGGGGGACAUCACUGGGACCGUCCCCAGAGGACAGCCCCCCUCCCCUGGGCAGCAAAGAGCUAAAGACCCCCGGUGUCCCCGCUGAACCGGGUGGGAGGACAGCUGCUGUCUGCCACAGAGAGACAACCGAUGAGAACAUCCCCCCAGAACUGCUGAUGGUCCUGAACAGACCUCCACAGCCUCCCAGACACCAGCCACUGACUGCCAUUCACCCGGACCAGCUGCCCCCAGUCCCUGACAUGCUCUCCCCCAGUCCUCGCCUCUCCCCCCAGAGGAGCAGUCCUGGAGGGGAGGGAGGAGGAGGUGAUGGAUCAGAAGGAGUAGGAGGCGGAGCCUUCCUUCAGCUCCUGGCGGGGCUCCCCAGCCCCCUGCCCUCCCCCCGCUGUGCCAGUCCCAGUCUGAGGUUCAACUCCGACCCGGAUACUGCUCCGUCCCCACCCUGCAGCCAACAGUACAUCCUGUGUCGGGGUCUGGGGGACAGGACUGAGGGAUCAGAAGACGAGUUUCCCCCCUCCAUCUCGUUCCUGACCAAACAGAUCCAGAACCUGAAGAGGAGAGUCCGCAGGUUUGAGGAUCAGUUCGAGCAGGACAUGAAGUACAAGCCGUCUCACAACGAUAAAUAUUCCAACCCAGAGAUGCUGAGAGUCAUGAGUGAACUGGCCAAAGCACGAAAACAGCUGAAAGAGCUGAGACUCCGACAGUCGGUGUUUGAGUCCAAAGAACCGGAACCCUCAGACGUCUGCAGGUUCGGUUCUGGCCAGAUCGGGUCGUCGGACCACAAGCCGUCCCUGGAGGAGACGGUGGAGUCUCUGCUGAGGCGUCUGAGAGAGAAGAGGAGGUCUCUGGGUCUCCCCGACAACAUGAAGGAGAUGACUCAGGCCCAGAUGGUUCUGGAGAAGAUCACGCUGCAGAAAUGUCUGCUGUACUUCGAAAGCGUUCACGGCCGACCGGGAACAAAGCAGGAGAAGAACCUGGUGAAGCCUCUGUAUGACCGGUACCAGAUGAUCAAACGCUUACUGUGUGUCAGCCCCACCAUCUGUACUAUAGAGGAAGAGGACGGUUCUGAUGAAGAGUCUCCGAGCUCCUCUCUGGGUCCUUCUCCUCCUCCUCCUCCUCCUCCUCCUCCUCACCGGGGGACCUGGUCGGCAGCCAGCGAGGAGGACAGCGACCGGGACAGCGACCCGGCCUUCGUGUCUCCGAUAGACGAAGUGAAAGCCGUCCGCCAGCAGGCCGCUCUCACCACCGCCAACCUUCACGAAGCUUCCAGGUCUCAGCUGCUGGAGUGUCUGCGGGACACCAGAGCCGAGAAGAAGAUCAGGCGUAAAGUUCUGAAGGAGUUUGAGGAGGAGUUUUACCGUCAGACCGGACGGAUCUGCCAGAAGGAGGACCGCAGUCCCAUGAAGGACGAGUACCAGGAGUACAAACAGCUGAAGGCAAAACUCCGCCUGCUGGAGGUCCUGCUCAGCAAACAGGACGCCACCAAAACCCUGUGAGGAGACAAAACCUGCAGCUGACUGAAACCACAUGAGCCCAGAAUGUAGGACAAGACCUGGACACCUGUCCUGUGUGUUUUUAUAUGUGACUAAAAUAAGUCCAACUGGAUUUUACAUGUCUGAGACAUGUCUGACAAAUGUGCAACUAGAUUUUACAUGUGUCUGAGACAUGUCCAACUGGACUUUAUAUGUGUCUGAGACAUGUCCCACUGGAUCUUACAUGUGUCUGAGACAUGUCCAACAUGUGUCCCACUGGAUCUUACAUGUGUCUGAGACAUGUCCAACUGGAUCUUACAUGUGUCUGAGACAUGUCCAACUAAAUUUUACAUGUGUCUAAAGCAUGUCCAACUGGAUCUUAUGUGUCUGAGACAUGUCCAACUGAAUCUUACAUGUGUCUGGGACAUGUCCAACUGGCCUGUAACUGUCUGAGGUGUCCAUUAUGAACUUUGAUAUUUGUCCAACUGUCCCGUCCGUUGAUCCAUUAUUUUCCACUUAUCCAACGUUAGGUUUCAGAACUAACAGGUCCACAGAGAAAACUCAAACAUUUGUCUCCUUGUGUCUCUUGGAGGACCCCAAUGUCUUCUCAGGACAAAGAUUAUAGAUGAUCCCAUCAGAGAGUUCUGGCGUGUCUCGGUCUGGUUUGUCCCCGAACCACAUCUUCUGCAAAAAAGCAAAGCUGAAACCCGGAGUUUCACAUUUCAUCAUUUGUUGUAAAUGAAAUCAGCCUGACAUGUCCAACACGUGUCCACCAUGAGUCCAACACGUGUCCACCAUGAGUCCAACACGUGUCCACCAUGAGUCCAGCACUUGUCCACCAUAAGUCCAACACGUGUCCUAAGAGUCUCUGUCAUGUUUAUAAAAUGAAUAUGGUGUCCAGCCUGUCUGAGACUUCUGACGGAGUUAAAAUGUGUCCUUUGUGUUUGAAGUUUGUCUUAAAGCUGAGUCAUGUAUUUGACAUGUGUCUCAUGUCUGUGCCCUCAGCAUCAGUCCAACCUGAUCUUACCCCCCCUCAGACCAAACGCUCACCAGCGUCUUGUCGUUUCCGUGUCGGUCCUUUUAAUCUGAGCAGGCCCGGUCCGGAUCUGACCCUGGUCAUGUUGUGAACAAACAGUCCUUCCACCUUUGACAGGGUUUGGACAUUUUGGACGUGUCUGAGUCCAGCUGAAAGCACUUUGAUGAGUUGUAAAUUUCUGGAGGGUUAAAAGUUGAGAUUCUUUAUUUUACUUAUAAUAAAAAACUAAAACUU